AUGAGCUACAUCAGCAGCGGAAGCAGCUCUUCGGGAGCCACCUUCUCCACAGGUCCAUCCAGCUCAACAUCGCGCAGCCCAUCUGCCGAGCCGUCGUCGUCCAAGCAGCGCCGUCUUACCCUCCAAGACAUUCACAUCCCCGCAGGCUUCGAGAUCGCCAAGGGCCUCGAGGAGCCCGGCUCCGAGUACCCCAGCGAGGAGAACAUCCAACGCGCUGCCGAGGUGCUCCAGUCUCUUCGUGGCCGUAUGCCCGAUGGCUCCGAUGGUCAGGUGGCGGCGUGCGACUACUGCCGACGUCGCAAGAUCCGAUGCGACCGCACCAAGCCCACCUGCGGAAGCUGCACCGCCUCGGGCCGCAAGUGCACCACCGAAGACAUGCUGCGCAAGCGUGGCCCACCGUCCAAGAAGGAGCGCGCCAUCUUGGAAGCGGCCGGCAUCAUCUUCCGCGGUACGCGUCCUCACCGACGCCGCAGGACGGCCACCACCUCGUUGGGCUCGGGUGCCGCCAGCAAGCAGCAGGAAGAGAUGCUGCGCAAGGUCAAGGAGGUGGCCGGCACACGCACGCGCGCCAACUCGACCAACUCGGGCGAGAACGCGGCUGCUGCCGCCAUCGUUGCCGAUGCUUUUGACCAGCUCAACGGCGGAUCCAAGAGCUCGUGGAUGGAGAUGCUCAGCAUCGCCACCCAGUCGGCCAACCCUUUUGCAGACUCGCCCGCCUCGUCGCCGUCGGACAUCUCGGCACACGAUACGUUCCACAUCGACGCGGGCGCGUGCGACUACGGUCUUGCUGCUUCCAACGGCUUGGGUGCUGCGCCGCUUCUGGCACGCAACACGGGCAGCUUGCCGGGCGCGCCCAACAACAGCGCACAGUGGGACAACAUGUGGGCCGCCUUUGGCGCCGACCUGAGGAACAAGCACAGCGCGACCAACCAGGCUAUGAGCGAGUUGCCGAACCUGAGCGCGUUUGCAUGCAACGCCAACGUCGACAGCAAGGACGGUCUCUUCCGUUCGCCGCUUGCCUCGUUCGAUGCGGGGGCGCUCGACUGGUCCGCCUCCAACAUCUCGCCUUCGCAGUACCAGAUGCUGUUCCCCGACGGCGCGGUUGCGCCCAUGCAACAUGCCAGUCUGCCCAUGGUUCACGUGGACCCCCAAAUCAUGGCGCCCCAAAUGCAGGUUGCCGAACAGCCAUUCAUGAGCUCCCAAUCCAGCAUGGCGGCAGAGGUGAUCGCAUUCCAGUCCGCAAUGGGCCACUUCUUCCCCAAGUCCAACCCGCUCUCCUCGUCGCUUUCGCAGUCAUCGUCUACGGCGACGGCGGAGGCAAACACUCCCACCGAGAUCGACCAGUUCAUCUCCAUGGCCGAACCACACCAGAUGCAUCACCAGGAGCAACUGCAGCCCCAUCAGUUGCAGUUUUCCAUCGACUCCCUCUCCGCUUUCUAA